UUCACAAAUGUUAUGAUGAAAGGAGGAAAUAAGGAAAGAGUCAGGGAAGUGAUGCCUCGGUUGUUUGAAAACAUGAAGCACCUACAAAUUGAGAAAUGGCACAAGGCUUCGGAGAUAGAUAGGAGUCAGAUUGAGUGCAAUCCUGUAACCAUCUUCAAACAAGCUGUUGACAAUUGUAAACCACUGCUGAACAGGGUUGUCAGAGGUGGACUAGCAUAUAGGGUACCAGUGUGUGCCAAGGAAAACGAAAGGCAGUUUAGGGCUGUGAAGUGGAUUAUUGAUAGCUGUAGAGACAAAGAAAGGAGAAUCCCAAUGGAAGAAAAACUUACUCUUGAAAUCAUGGAUGCUUACAAUAAUCAGCGUAAGGCAGUGAGAAAGAAGCAAGAACUUCAUAAGAUUUGUGAGAGUAAUCAAGCCUAUGCACAUUUAAGAUAAAGAUUGUGAUUUCAGAGUUGCUGAGUAUAUACUUUAUAUAACACAUUACAAGAUUAUAAUUUUAUUAAUAGUAAAACCAUCUAAGAUGCAUUAUGUAAAUAAACCUUAAUAGUAAAAAAAAAAUGUAUACUUUCAUGCAAUUUAGGGUUAAAAUGGCUUUGUCCUUCCAAAUUAUAAAGCUUAUUCCAUUAUUGUCUGGGUUAAAACUACACAAUGUUGAAGGUGUUAGGUUCAAAUCCUCUCGAGGGCUUCUACUGAAACGUAGAGAACCACUGAGAAAAUGGUUUGACCCUGCAGAUAAGUCUGCUCUUCCUGAUCCAGAACCAUCCGUGCUACAUAUGGUUUAUCGUAUUAAGGACCAUAUGAUUAUGCCAGACCAUACUGGGAAAAAGGUAUUUUAAAAGAAUUUGGCCUCUUUGAACAGAGUUACAAAUCAAGUUGUCAUAAAAAAUACACCAGAGAUCAUUGAAAAAUUGAAAGUCAUUCACCAUUUAGUGCAUAUUAAACCUGUGACGUUCUUCUACGGCUUACCUAAGGAUAACCAGUUGUCAUAAAAAAUACACCAGA